AGAGGUUAUGUGUUUAUUUUGAUUUCGGAAAAUACCUAAGUAAAGUUUCAAGCAAAGCGAUUUAUCAUUUAAAUACACAUUUAUAAAAAAAAAUAUACUUAUUUUCAUAAUGAUUGACAAAAUUUUAUAUAACACAAUACUUUCUCAAUCGUUUUCGCCUUGUGGAAAAUAUUUAGUAGCCGGUGAUAUUUAUGGAGAUAUUGGUAUUUUUGACUUAGAUGGUAUCUUGCGCCCCGAUCCAGAUUCUAUUUCUCCCGACUUUAAUAAACCGAAAAAAAUACACAAAAUCACUUCAGGCACUUCAAUAUGUAGCUUAGCAAGUAUAGAUAAGUUCUUGAUAGCUGGUACAGUCAAUGAAAUACAUGCUUGGGAAUGGAAAGCAAUCGUAAAUCCAAAAUUAAGUAAACCUUCUUGGACAAUCAAGAUAAAAUCUCAGUCGUUUAUGGAACAGUGUGAUAUAAACAGUUUAUGGGUAUCUGAUGAUGCUGAGAAAUUGUAUGCUGGCUGCGGAGAUAAUAAGGUGUAUGUUUUUAAUUUGGAAGAUGGUAGUUUAUUGACUAGUUAUGAAGGCCAUGAGAGUUAUAUACACUGCAUUCAUGGAAACAACAACCAAUUGAUAUCAGCUGGUGAAGACGGUUUAGUAAUGCUUUGGGAUCAUAGAACAGGGAAAGCUCACAAUAAGAUAGAACCACAUAAGAAUAGCAAGGUGUCUCGCCCAGAUGUUGGCAAAUGGGUCGGUGCUGCUUCUUUGGGAGAGGAUUGGAUUGUAUGUGGCGGUGGUCCACGUCUCGCGCUCUGGCAUUUACGAUCCCUCGACGCAGUGACCACCUUCGACAUUCCCGACCACGGUAUACACGUAGCAUCCUUCCACGAUGACUGUGUAGUCGCUGGGGGAACAGCCAAGCAUUUGUACCAACUCAGUUACUCCGGAGAAAUAAGAGUGGAACUACCAGUAUCGUCAACUACAGUGUACUCUGCGAUUAUGCGAUCAGAACCUAAUAAAGUGUUAGCGAUUGCUGGUUCCAGUCCAGAUAUUGAUUUGUGCAGCACUUUCAAUUAUAGGGAUCAAGUGUUGAGAUUUGGAUAAGAUGGAAAUAUAUUUUUUGCAAGUGA